CCCCCCCCACCCAAUUCUGGGGAAGAAGACUCUAGAGAAGGCGAAACACCGUCACUGUGCUGCUACCAAUUUUAUCGCCGGAAAUGGCGGCACUAUCGACUUCUUUUGUGUCUUCCAUGCGCUUUUCUUCUUCUCCCGCGUCGUCAUCUUUGCUAUCUUUCCCCAAGCUAUCGGUGCGGAUUUCUCCCAGAACCAACAGAUUCUCCAGGAUUUAUGCUUUCUCUAGCAACGACAUCAAAGUCGGGACCAGCAUCGAAGUCGAUGGUGCUCCCUGGCGUGUUCUGGAGUUUCUUCACGUGAAGCCUGGAAAAGGUGCUGCUUUUGUGAGAACCAAAAUCAGGAACUACGUCAAUGGUAGCACUGUCGAGAGAACCUUUCGUGCUGGGAUUUCUAUGGAGGAGGCAAAUGUCUUCAAGGAGACUAAGCAAUUCACAUACAAAGACGGCUCUCAGUUUGUUUUCAUGGACUUGAGCACUUACGAAGAAACACGUUUGAACGAGGCAGAUAUGGGUGAAAAGACGAAAUGGCUCAAAGAGGGAAUGGACUGCAAUCUGCUCUACUGGAAGGACAAGGUCAUCGAUUUUGAACUGCCCAUUACAGUUCAGCUUAAGAUUGUUGAUGUUGAUCCUGGCCUUCGAGGUGACACUGCACAAGGUGGAACAAAGCCGGCCACUCUGGAGACAGGUGCUGUUGUAAAUGUACCGCUCUUUGUCAACGUAGGUGAAGACAUUAUGGUGGACACGAGAACCGGUGCGUACAUGAGCCGGGUUUGAGACAUCAUCCCAUCCCGCUAGGUAUGCUGAGAUGAAGAUUUACAUACAGUGAUGCAUUAAUGGUUUUGUGUCAGACUGAUUAUUAGUUGAUCGAACGCCCAGAAUUGUAAUGGAAAUGAGGCAAAUUUUCUUUUAUACAUAUGUUGCAGCCAUUUCUUGGAUCAUUAUUAUUAUUAUUCCCUUGGCAAGACGAGAGCACUGGUAUGAGUUCCUCGCUUUGCAAUGAUGAUGGUUCACCCAAAUUACAUUUGUAUCAUUGUUUGCAUCUCGGAGAAGAUUUGGGCCAACACAGCCCAAAUGUCGGUCCA